AUGCAGCGAGGCAAGGCGCCCCUGCGGUGCAGCAGAGGUCCCUGGCAGGGUGGGUGGACUGGGGGACCCAAGGGGGCUGCUGGGGCGGAGGGGUUUGGGGGGGCGGAGCAGAUGGGCGCUCCAGGGGGUGUCUGGGGAGGGGGAGUUGCGCCAGGUAGGGGAGGGGGAUGGGGGUCGCUGCUGGCUGUGUGUGUGGCAGGGGCGGCUGGGUGUGCGGUGAUGGAGCUGGGGUUGGAAAAGGGAAAAGAAGCUGCUGGCGUGAUGGCGGAUGCACGGAGGCAUCUGCAGAGGGAUUGGCUGCUGCUACGGGUGGAGUGUGCUGACGUGGCUGGUCUUGGUGCUAGUAUCAAACCUGAUGAUAGCGGAUCGUUAUUGAAAAACCGUGAAUCUGGUGGCGUUGGUGGGGCUGGUGGGGCAGGUGGGGCUGGUGGUGGGAAUCAGAGCAACAGCAGCGUUGUUUCACACACCAGCAGUGAAAUCGCUGAUGACAAGUCCAGUGGCGGCACUAAGGGCAGGAAGCGUGUGGUGGUGCUGGGGUCGGGGUGGGGCGCCGUGAGCUUCCUUAAAGCCAUAGACGCCAAUGGGUACGAUGUGACGCUCAUCUCGCCCCGCAACUUCUUCCUCUUCACCCCGCUGCUGCCAAGUGUCACCACGGGAGUGGUCGAGGGAAGGAGUUUCGCUGAGCCAAUCAGACGCAUCUUGUUGAGGCUUCCUCUCGCUCUCCUAUCAGCACAGCAGGGCAGCUCAGCUCGUUUCAUUGCAGCCAAGUCCUCGAGGCGGGCCACCAUUGGAACUUCAAGGCGGUGUCCCCCUCAUUCGACUUACCACUGCUCUCCACGUCCACCCUGCGCCCACACACAUCCCCCUUGCCUCCCUCCUCCCCCGAUCCCCCUCUCCCUGUGCUGGCAGCACGGCAGCUCGGCGCGCCUCCUCGAGGCGGAGUGCACGGCCAUUGGCCCCCCAUUCGACCUGCAACUGGCUGUUCUCCCAAUCCACCCCGCCAUCAUACCUUCUUCGCCCUUUCUCCACUCCAUCCCUUCCCCUUCUCUCUCCUGGCAGCGCGGUAGCUCAGCUCCCUUCCUCGAGGCUGACUCAGCUCGCUUCCUAGAGGCGGAGUGCAUUGCCAUCGACCCCGCCUCCAAGACCCUCUCCUGCCGCGCCCCUGCCGCCCUGCCCGCUCCGCUGCCGCCUGCCACCCUGCCCCCUCCGCUGCCUGUGCCGACUGUGGCAGAGGUUGGAGGCCAGGAGGAGGGUGAGGGGGAGACGACACGUGGAGGAGCUGAAAGAAAAGGUGGUGGCGCUUCCGGUGGCGAUAGUGGUGCUGCUGCCGGAGGUGGUGAUUCUGCUGCUCCGAGUGGUGGUGCUGCUGCUGGGAGUGGUAGUGAUGCUGCUGCUGGAAACGUAGCUGUUGCUGGGGGUAAUGCGGGAGGAGGUGGCGGCGAGAGUGGCGGCGGGUGUGGCGGCGGGUGUGGCGGCGCCAGGGAGGGCGGGUAUGGGGGUGCCAGGGAGGUGUGGUUCACAGUGCCGUACGACAUGCUGGUGGUGGCCGUGGGGGCGGUCCCCAACACAUUUAACGUGCCGGGCGUGCAGCAGCACUGCCACUUCCUCAAGGUGAGCUUCGAUCACAACGCCCUGGGCACUGGGCACUGCGCAGGGCACUGGGAGUCGGUCAAGUCCCGUGCUGCCGCAGGGAAGGCACCUGGUGGUUGCCUCCUGCCGCAAGUGCCUCGUUGCCCAUUGCUGCGUCGCUGGCUGCUUGAUCCUUUGUUUUACCCAAUGCUGCGUCUUACCCAAUGUUUUGCUUCUAGCUGUCAAGCCUGGUCAAUCACGCUACCCUCCCUGUCCCACUUUCCUCGUUUCCCCGUUCUGCCUGCUCGUGCCUAUCCCCCUCUUCCCAUCUUUGCUCUUUCUGCCCGUCCAUGUCUCCUCCCCAUCCCCCUCUCCUCCCCAUCCCUCCCGUCCAUCCUUUCAAUGCACGUUUUUUCCCCCAUCCCUCUCCCCCCAUCCCUCUCCCCCCAUCCCUCUCCCCCCAUCCGUCUCCCCCCAUUCCCUCUCUCCCCAUCCCUCUCCCCCCAUCCCUCUCCCCCCAUCCCUCUCUCCCCAUUCCCUCCCCCCAUCCCUCUCCCCCCAUUUCCCGCUCCCCCCAUCCCUUUCCCCCAUCUUCCUCCUCGCAUGCCGUCUUCACCAUCGCUCCCCCCCACUCCUCUCUCCCCAUGCCAGUCGCUGGACGAUGCGGAGGCCAUCAGAAACACGCUCAUUGACCGCUGCGAGGAGGCCCCCCUUUAA